AUGAAGGACCAAUUUGAUUCCUAUUAUGCUGAAAAGUAUACAGUUAAAGAACGAAAUAAGGUAUGGGAGAAUAUUGCGAAAAAAUAUCAAACUAUCUUCCAACCAUUUAUUGAGUUUAUUAAUAGGCAAGAUCCAGACUCUUCAGGUCACAAAGAAAUGAAUCAUAAUUAUAGCAAUGUACUACCUCCAGAAAAACUUGGUCGUGCCAGCUCCGCUGAUAAUUCUAUUGUAGAACCUAAUGAUGUAGCAACAAUUUCUUGUAGAAUAGGUGACUUGGUAAUACCACACGCAAUUCUAGAUACCGGUGCAAAUGAUUCAUUAUUUACUGAUAACAUUCCUGAAUAUUUAGGGAUAAAAAUAGAUAAGAAAAAUGUUCACAAACUUACGGGCGCAGUUGGAGAUUCCCAGUCUGUUGGUACUUCAUGUAAUAUUCCUAUAUCUAUAGAUAGUAGAAAAGAUUCUAUAACAGUUUCUGAAAAAGAAAUAUCUGUAAUCCCUACAAAAAAAAAUCGAAAUGGGAAUGAUAUAUCUAUAAUGAUACUUGGUACUAAAUAG